AUGUCUGGAGAUUCAAGUUUGGUGGCCUGCUUGGUCGAACGAUUGUCCAGCAGGCUACCGCACCUUACCGGAACGAGCAGUCCAAGUCCCCUUGAAGAUGAAGUGCUACACAUAACGAGAUCGACACUUGUUGAUUUGAGCAAAUCUUCCAUUAGUAUUAUAUUGGAAUCACUUGUGGGACUACUCGAAGACCUCGCGCGCCCCUAUGGCACUAUCUCAGAUCAUCCCAGCCAUGUCUUGUCCUCGGAGAUCUUUGUGCUGAGCCUGGCAGCCGAUUGCUGCUCUGCUAAUUGGACUGGGCAGCCCAAUUCGCACGACAAUGCCACACCUUUACCAUCUACUGCCCUGGGCGAGCGACUUGUUGGCCGAAUCUUUGACGCUCUCAAAGAUUUGCUGGAACCCAUAUCCGACAAUUACAUGUUAUCGGCACAAGUGCUGCUGGAUCAAGGUAUCGAAAGCAGUGCCAGCGUGACAUCCUCAGCUGGUGAGCCGCAGCAAGAUGUCCAUCAUGACGAUCCCGACGUCGAGCGCCGCUUGUCUUCAUAUUUUGAUCAAAUCGAAACGCCUAUCAAGACACUCGUGGGAUAUGUCACAGCGUCCAGCUGGUCAGACUCAUUUAGCUACCUUAGAGAGGUCAUAUACAAUGUCCGCGUUUCUGCAACAGUAGACGCUACUGCGGAGACUUGGGGCUCUCAGGAAUCCGGGAGAGGGUCGCUUGUUGUCAUGCGACUUCUUUCCUCCUUCUGGGUGGAUGGUUCCAAGCUUGGGUUCAUCAUACAAGAGAUUUGCUCGAGCUUUCUUCAUUUUCGAAAAUCAUAUCAAAACACUGUCGCUGCUACCAUGCCUUUAUUAAUAGCUCGAUGGAUUGACCGAUAUCCGCAAGAAUUUGUCCAUCUCCACCGUCUUCAUAAACGACUCGAUGGAGGCGCGGAUACCCUUUUUGAUAUGACACAAACCGUGACUGACAAUGGUAGACGCAAAACCCUUCUGUUUCCUCUCCAAACAACUCUUCUUUUCCUCAUGCCUGAUGUUUUCGAGGUGGCCAGUAACUUAAGGGAGGCCAAGAGCAACAAUAUCAUGAAGAAGGUGUCAUUUUUGGACGCAUUGCGUAAGACCAUGAAGAAUGGAAAUGAGCAAGCCGGAUAUUGUGUCAUCUCUCUACUCCGCGCUGCUCGUCAUUUCAGCGCAGAGAGCGAUUCUGCACUUGUCAGCUAUGCCAUGGAUGUGCAGGACGAAGUACGGGACGCAGUAUUUCGCCAUUCCGCCACAAAUUCGCCUUCUGCCCAGUUUGAUCAGAAUAUGAUUACUGCUGCCUUUAUCACUCUAGCGCAUCUAAACCUAGAUGUCUGUAUUGAUACUGUCCUUGACACUUGUAUCUCGCCCUCGUCACCUCAUAGUUUCAAAGUCGCAGUUAUCCAAGCAUGCUGUUACCUUGCGAACCAGUCAGACUCUUCCAGAUAUAACGAGCUCUUCAAUGAGGCUCUUCCAUUUAUUCAAACACAGCUGAAGACUUGCGUAGCUGUUUCAUGGGAUCCGGCGGCAAAUCUCAGUAAUGAAGUCAUAAAUAUGGCGCGCAGCAUCCUCAAGUUUCUCGGUGCUCUGCCCACAUCAUUAUUGAAUGAGCUUAAUCGUCAGACGCCGGCUCUUGAUACGCUGGGGCCAUUUAUAUUCACUGUAAUAUCAUCCAACAAAACCAUUUGCCAAACAGCAACAGAAGUUGCCGAGCGACUCUUUUCAGAGCAUCCAGAAGCCGUCAAGUCCUUCAAUGAGCAGAGUCAUCCCGAUAUACUUGAGCUGCGUGAGACAUUCUGGACUCGAAGCUCCAAGGUUUUGCUCGAGCUGUGUGAACGAAUGGUUCAUCCUAGGCUAUCCGAACUAACAACUAUGCACGACUAUCUCAAAGCUCGGCUCACCUUAUUGAAAAACAUCCCGGAAUUGACACGCCUGUCUGAUGAGCUUCCUGAUAUGGUAGCUGCCUCGUCCAAAUUAGAGACCGUUCUUCUUGUAUCUCUUUGCUCUGCCGAUAUUGAUGUCUGUCAGCUUGUUACUUCUUGCAUAGGCCUAUUCCUGGCGGAGUGCUCUUGCAUUGGUGAAUUUGCUGAAUCUGUCAAGUCAUCAGCGUCAAUCCUUCGCAACGGCGAUAUUUUCCGUGAGAUCGCAUCCCCAGGUUUUCGAUUCACCGGACUGGUCGCCUUCCAGAAACGAAUUCGAACCUUUUUGCGUCGCAUACAGUUUCCAACAUUAGGCAUACUGAACGCUUGGGAAAUCGCAUUCGAUCGUUGGAUCUAUUUAGUUCAAAAAGUCUCCACGCUACAUCCAAAUUCUGUUGAUGACCGAUUAUUGUCAGAGUGGCGAAAUUUGUCAGGCUUCCUUGCGUCUCUUGGAGGAGCUUGCACCGCAGAUCAGGCCAUUGCUUUGGAGGAACCAUCGCUCCAGAAUUUGAGAUGGAUAGAUCGAUCACCAUCUGAGCAAUCCGAGGAGCCUUCGCUCAAACGUUAUCUCAAAUUGGCUAUUCAACUCCUAGCAUGUGCAAACGUCAGAGUUCGUGAAGCUAUGCGCGAAAUUCUUUCGAGCGAAGUGUCACCUAUACUUUAUCCCGCCCUGUUCAAGUCUCUCGAAUCAGAGUUAGAAGUGCUCUUUGCAGGUGUUCUCGCUCCGGCAGAUAAGGCUCAGGAAACAGACAUAAUCUUUGCGGAGCAAGCUGCUUCUUUGCUAAAGACUCUGGUCGAGAGACUAGAAAUCCCGGCCGAUUUAGGGGCCGCCUCGUCAGUCCACUUGGGCCUGAUGACAUUGAACUUUGCCAAGUUCAUCGACGGGAUUGCAGAUACUGCAAAUACCUUACGAGUCAAGAUAAGGGUCUGUCAAUUGUGCGAAGCAGUCACAAAGAGAAAGGAGCAUUUGAACCUCCGUGAUGAUGUACAUAUUCGAAACCAGCUCCUCGAAUACACCAUUGGUUGGAUAGAUCGACCACGAUCACCACAUGUGGAUCAACCCGGCGCAGCUUGUUUGCGAUCUCUCGCAGAUCUCACAUUUCGUUUACCGCUUCAGCCCGCUGAUAGUCAGUCAGAUGUUGGAAUGAGCGAGAUGAAGUCUCAGAUGUUUCACACCUACUUCAACCGAUUUCUUUCCCUUCUCAAUCAUGAGUCUGCUGAAAUCAGCAGAUCGGAGCUUUCUGCAACUUUAGUUGGCCGAGAUGAAGUGAUCUCCAAUUCAGAUUUGGCCAUCACCAUCCUCUCCAACCUCCUUAGCGCAAAUAUUGAUGUUGGUCUCAAGCAUUCCAUCAAUAUCGGAUAUCACGACAAUGUAGAGAUCCGAACAGCAUUCGUCAAAGUUCUUUUUAACAUCUUAAUCCAAGGAACUGAGUUUAGCAAUUUGACAGACUCGGCUGUUAGCAAAAAAUAUGAGGAACUUUUAGAGCUCCUUACAAAAGAUGUAUCACUUCCUGCCUCAAUGAGUGCAAUAUGCCCUAGUACAGAAGUCGAUGAACUUACAAUUUGCCUUCUAACGGUAUUUGAACAAAGAGGCCUUAUCUUUGAAUUGUUCGAGGCACUUAUUAGGGCAGAAAUUGAUCAGACUGAAAAUGAGACGGAAAUUUUGCGUCGAAAUUGCGUUGCAACUAAAAUGCUCUCUGUCUACGCUAGGUGGAAAGGUUUUGCUUAUUUACAAGGAACUCUUCACAAGGUCCUUGAACGACUCAUGCUCACAUCCCAAGACUUAGAUUUGGAGCUUGAUCCGACCAGAGUUGGCACACAGGAAGAACUACAAAAAAAUGCUCUUCAACUUCAGAUAGUUGCAAAAGUUUUCAUGGACGAUAUUUGUGCUUCUGCUUCCAAUAUACCCCCUUCGUUCAGAAAAAUAUGCAGCAUAAUUUCCGAUGCUGUUCUACAUCGCUUCCCGAAUGCCAAAUACACUGCAGUUGGCGCGUUCAUUUUCCUCCGGUUUUUCUGUCCUGCAAUUGUCGCUCCAGAAGUAGAGGGACUCGUGCCAACACCGCCGUCGAAGGAGAUGCGUCGAGGUCUACUGCUCAUAGCAAAAAUAAUUCAAAAUUUGGCCAAUAAUGUUCUAUUCGGAACAAAAGAGCCUUACAUGUUUCCGCUUAACCUCUUCUUAGUCCAAAACAUCCAUGUCGUAAUGGGGUUUCUACGUGAAAUAUCUAUUCCACCAAGUCAACUAGAAAUCAGCAGUAACAAAAAGGCCAUCGAUUUUGGGUCAUGUGUGGCCUUGCACCGCUUCCUCUAUGACCAUUGGGAUCACCUUCAGCAGAUUCUUGUCUCCAAGGAUAGGAGAGAAUACGUCAGAUCUCCAGGGGAACAUCCUCGUGGUCGUUCACCGGCCAUGGAACCUCUACGGAAUUUGAUUGCAAAUCUCGGUCCCCCUCCUUUGGCCAUCUCAUGGAACCGGCCACAAAUCUCAACAAACAGCCCACCUUUGUAUUCACGAUUCCAGAACUUUAUGCUUCGCAACGCUUUUCGUGGUACAGAGUCUUAUUUAACGUCUCGUGCGGUGUAUGAUGGAGGCGAGAGCAAGGACGGACUUUCGAUCAUUUGCAUUAUACUGCGUCAUAUUGAAGCGGAUAAUAUUGAUUACGACACAAUGCUUUAUUGUUAUCUCAAGAUUGCCAGCAGACUUUGGCAUGAACCCUUCGGACUUUUCAUAGACGCCACAUGUUAUAAUGGACGGAACGACCCCCAAGAUGACUUCUUUAAAAUGCUUGAUCUUCUUACUCCCUCAGAGCUGACACUUAACCUGACGAGAAUUUAUGUGUACAACAUGAACAGCGCCUUUAGGAGAUGCUUUCGACACCUGCUACGAGUAUCCACAAGAUCUGAAAGCAGUGCUUUUCACCCGAGAAACGUGGAGUACCACUUGAUAGGAAGUCUUCAGGAUCUCCAAGCUCAUUUCCAUCUCAGCCAACUUCAUCUUCCUAAGGAAACGAUUAGUGUUGUCACAGAUACUCGCUAUAUGUUCCAGCCCAUUACAAGGCUCUCAAAGUCGAAAGGAAAAGUAGAAGUGGUAAUUAAGGUUGGAAGCCAGUUUGUCCAAGUAACCACAACCAAGAAACAGGAGGUUUUGUCUGGCCUUCGCCUCAGCACUACUGUCAAUGAUAUUUUCCGCCUUGGAGAUGUGGAAGAAGCAACGACAACACUUCAAUCAGAGGAUGACUCUUCCUUCGGACUCCGAGCAGAUGGAGGGAAAAUAGUCAUGUACUUUACCAGCCCAAAGAAAGCUGACGUGCUUCAGACCAUCCGCAGUGCCAAAAACAAGCAUGGGAAAGAGAAUCGUACCUAUAAGCCGUUCGAGAGACUUAUGCGUCCUCAAGACGUACCCGGUACAUUACUCAACCUCGCCUUUACGAACCUUUUGAGCUCAGAUCGCUCUCUCAGGUUGGCGUCAUAUAAUUUGCUUGGAGCAUUAUGCAGGGCUUUCAAGUAUAGCGCUGAUUCUAGAUUAUCAUGCGCGAAAGACAUCUCCAUUCCCAUUGAUCCAACACGAUUUGUAGUAGAAAUCAGCAAUAUAUUAGCAACUACGCAGCCACAGCUAACAUCUGAUUUCUUGACCGAAUUCUUCGUAGGGUGGGAGAGCUUCCCUGAAGAACAAAGGCCUCUCAGCUUGGCUUACAUGUCACCGUGGCUCACCGGUCUUCGAACAAAUGUCUUGACCAGUGAACAAGACAGCGAAAAGGGACGAGAAAAGGUCGCGACACUAUUGAGGAAGCUGAUCGAUCUUAUCGUUUUAGACCCGCACCUUUCAUAUCCUCUCCAGCAUUUUGUCUUACCAUCAAUAACCAGUGAUGAACUCCUGCUCGACAUAUUCCUUGAUGAGCUGAUAAAAACUGCUCUAAGCUAUGGCGCUCAUGAGGAGUCGUUGGACGUCAUCUCACCAGUCAUCAUCGGUAUUGGUACUGUUACUAUUCGAGGAAAGAUAUUCUCCCGACUUCGCAAAACACUCAAUCGUUCGUCAUUGAGACCAACAAGAUAUCUGCAAGAUAGCCCUGUCUGGGCAGAGAUAUGCGUGCUUCUGCAAUUUUGCGUCGCUUUGUCAUUUGAUAGUGGUGUUCAGUCUCGGUUAUUCUUGCCUGAAAUUUUCCACAUCGUGACGAUGCUCGCCAAUACUGGCGACAAUAGCGUUCGCCAACUGGUGUACAAGCUACUGGUCAAUUCAGUCCAUUCAGUCUGUACGGCUUUCAAUCUAGACGAGGCAAAACUUACCAAACUAAAGGCAAACCUUGACCUUCUUUGUGAGCCUCGAGGUGAGGCGUUUUCUUUAACGACCUCGAAUAUCCGUGACGGCGCCUCCGUCUCUACGGCUCACGAUUCGAGCUCGACACUAGCGGCAACUGAAAAUCUAACUGUCAUUUUAUUCGACAUAUGCUCUAUUGCAGCACCUUCGAUUGACUUGGCCAAUAGUUGGAGAUCACGCUGGAUGAGUCUUGUUGCAAGCACCGCCUUUCAAAAUAAUCCAGCCGUCCAACCAAGAGCCUUUGCAGUAAUGGGAUACUUAGCUCGUGAAGAGGUAGACGACGACCUACUUUACCAAGUUCUCGUUGCCCUGAGAAAUAGCAUCGGCCAAUUCGGAGAAGAUGGGAAUAGCGAAAUGCUCAUCUCUAUCGUAACGUCGUUGUCAAAAAUGAUGAUCAAGCUUCCUUCUGCAUCUCGGUACGGACUUCAACUUUUCUGGUUGGCCAUGUCUCUCGUCCGACUUGUUCCCAUUGGUCUUUUCAACUGCACAGCGCAAUUCCUUGAAGCAGUCUUAACCAACAUUGGCGCAGUGGGCAAUGCUACGGGAGAGAAAAUUGUCCCGCUUCUUUUACAAAGCCGUGGUCAGCUCGAAGAAGCUGCCUUGCCACUUGAUGAUGCGUACGGAAUUCAUUUCGAUCAUGAGAGCUUUCACUUUGCCGUCUGCGCUUACCUCGUCCGCGGACUCACUGAUACGUCAACACGCCCAACGGCAAUUCGCGUUCUAUCUUCAUUUUUUGAGAUUGCCAACUCUACCGCAGUACCUCCAACAGCUAAAAACGACCCUACAACAGAUUCAUUACCAUACCUUGCUCUUAUUUCGGCGCGAGGCGUGCUUCCUGAAGACUACAGAGAUGGCCUCUGGAUUGCCGGUAUCGGUGCAGAGGGCACUGGAAAUACUACAACAUACACUGGUCGACAAAGAAUGGAUAAUGUAAGGGACAAAGACCUAUUGCUCAUCUCAGCUAUCGAAUUAGUUGACUUCCAGUAUCUUGAGGAGCGGGUCCAAGUCCGGAGCCUUCAGUGGCUGAAUGAUCUAGCCUUGCAACGGCCUUUGGUAUUUGAACAGCUAUGCGGCGCAAUACCAUCAUUAAUUGAGGAGGUCCUAUUACAUAGCCAGGAUACUAGUGCUCUGAAGGCCGCCAAUACCCUACUGCGAACAAUCUCGUCAGAUGCAAACUUUCAGGAUAAAAUGACGUCGAUGCGGCCACUAAUAGAUGCAUUACAUGAAAUGGGAUUUACAGGAUUAUGGCGUUUCUCUUCUCAAGACCUUGGAGAAGAGAUUCGGCGCGAAUGCUUUGAUUUGACGGAGAGAUUAAUAGAGUUAAUAAUUAUAUAA